AUGAACCAGUCUACCAUCCGCUCCGCUGCGAUUCAAGGUCCACUCGGCACUUUCUAUCCCAGCGCCGCCCUCACACAAACGCAACUCGUGGCUCUCCGCGUUCUCUUUGGUUCUGCGGCUUCUCCCGACGAAACUUCACCAUCGCUCGACAAGCGGGAACAAACUUCCACGCAACUUGCCUCCGCCGAUCAGGCUGAGGGAAAGCGCCAGUCUCGUGCUCGUACUCGCCCCAAAGCCGAGAUCCCUCGCUCGCCGAACUGCUUCAUGAUCUUUCGUGGGCAAUUCCUCCACGCUCCGGAGUGGCAACCUAUCCGCGAGUCUGCCGCCGCUAUGCAAUACAAUCUCUCGAAGCUUGCGGGAAAGCUCUGGGCGUCCAUGGACGACGAGAGAAAACAGUCGUACCGCAGGCUACAGGACGAGCGCGCGCGGGAGCACAGACUUCUCAAUCCCAACUACCGCUACAAGCCGAAGCGUCGUGAACAGAAGACUCGUCAGCCUGCCAAACGCCCGCUUACUUCGAAGAAGGAUGGCCGCAAGCAAAUUGAGGAGGAGACAUUGGUCGUUCUCAUCAAUCAGUUCAGAUCGCACAACGAACUUCUUGGUUCGCUCAUUGAACCAUCAGUCUUCUGCUCCAACGCAAACGAAUCUCCUGCGUCAUGCGAGGACGAUAAGGCAUCUGCCUCACCCCCAUCCAUAUCGUGCCCAGCGUCAACAGCGGGCUCGCCUUCGAGCCUCGAUUCUUCAAUUUAUGAGGCUUCGAUCUUCGAGCCUUCGGUUUUCUGUCUUGACGAGAGCAUGGGCACUGGGAAUCCUGAGUCCUUCGACGCCGCGCUUGUACCAUCGACGAGCUCGUCUUCUCCCUCGGUCACCGGCCCCGCCGUCGGCAUGGAGUCUUCACUGCAGCAAACGACGUUGCCGGACUUCGACAUGUCUUGGCUCGACGAACUAGCGUCCGCAUCUGAGCCCAUCUUCCCGUGGACGGGCGACUCUCAAUGCAUCGACUCCUCGUUGAAUACCCUUGAUCUGAAUAUGCCCUUCGCCGACUUUUCGUGGUUCAACGACUUCGACACUGAGCAAAGACUCCUGGACAGUAACAGUUCGUCUGAAUCGGACAUACCACAGUCCUCACCCGUCUCAGACACGCAUAACAAUAUCUAG